CAUAAAUACAGUAGUUAUUUUAAAUUUUCUCAAUUCAUUUUGAUUUGAAUGCACUCAGUCGGUUUAAUACUUUGUCAAACUGAAUAAAUGAACCAAUCGAAACGAGAAAGUAAAUGAAAUAAAGUACAAAAGUGGUGCUCUGUACUUUUCUUUUCUUGUCUUCUAAAUAAAGAAGAACAACUAACUCACAAUUGAAUCUUGAACAAAAUUUGCACAUUUCAAAUUCACAACUUCAUUCAUUCAUUCAUUUAAACAAUGGAUUAUUUGUAUAAUGAAUUAAAUAAUUUACAAUGUUUAUCAAUUAAUGAAUUGCCAAGAUUAGAGAAAUUAACUGAGAACAAUUUAAGAUAUAAAACAGAUAUUGUUUUUACCACACCGGAAUUAUUAACUUUGCUAAGAAGAUUAUGUUAUAAAUUUGGUAUCAUUAAAGCAGCGCAUCAUUUUGCUGAUCAAAUGAAAAAUAAUCAAUUAAAUUUGAAUUUCUCAAAUUUAAUCUCUCAAGGACAUUGUUUAUUAAAACAAUUACAUGAUCAAUUUUCAGUUCCGAAUGUGACCAAAAUUAUUGGGACUAGUAUUGUAUCGGAAUUAGAGAAAAUUUAUGAAAAAUUUGUCAGUUAUGAAAAUCAGUUGAAUGUAUUCUAUGAAAUGGCUUGUAAACAAAUUGAAAAGACCAAUAUUCGAUUGAAUGUGACACAACCAUCCACUGCUACUUAUCUAACUAAUUUAAACUAUAUUGAUUUGAACAUGGAUGGACAAGACUAUGAUUUCAUUAAUCAAGGAACACGAGCUCGAAUUGCACCACGAUUUAAUAUUCCUAAUUAUGAUCAAUUAACUUGUGAUGAUGUAUUUAAUCAAUCAAAUAAAAUUUAUGAAACAAACAAGAAUGAUGAUUUUGUUACACGACGUCAACCAACUAUUCAGGAACGAGCAGGAAUAUGUACCAAAUUUCCUGGUGAAUCAGAGACUCAUUCAGCAUAUAUAAAACCAAAUCGUUGUGUAUCGGAAGUUUUAACAAAUCACGGUCAAUCACGUGUGUGUAAACCAGGCUAUCGAGUGAAUCCACAACCAGAUAUUAAACUAGACGGUUACGGUCCAGUUGAACGGCGUGCAUUGAACGAAGUAGAACAGACAGAGUAUCAAGGUGAAUAUCUUUGGCCAGAUGGUAGGAAGAUACACACAUCUCCAUGGGAUAGAUCACGUGAAUUCAAUUGUUUGUAAUUAAUAAUUUUGUGCUGAAUUCAUGAAUAGAAUUAUCAUAAACAAUAAAAAUAU